GUGUUAUAUGUAAUGAUUUCUUUAAUUCCAGGUCUUACUUCCAGCAAGGAAAUAAAAGCUGACAAGUUGGACAGUCAACUAAAAUGACACAUAGAUGUUUUAUUUGUGAAAAAACAUUUACUCGACAAAGUUCUCUGAAAACACAUAUGACAAUUCAUACUGGCGAGAAGAAUCAUGUGUGUAAAAUUUGUGAUAAAGCAUUUUCUCAACGACAAUAUCUAAUCAAACAUAUGGCAACGCAUACUGGCGAGAAGAAUCAUAUAUGUAACAUAUGUGACAAAGCAUUUUCUCAACGACAAUAUCUAAUCAAACAUAUGACAAUACAUACUGGCGAGAAGAAUCAUAUAUGUAACAUAUGUGAUAAAGCAUUUUCUCAACGACAAAAUCUAAUCAAACAUAUAACAAUACAUACUGGCGAGAAGAAUCAUAUAUGUAACAUAUGUGACAAAGCAUUUUCUCAACGAAGUCAUUUGAACACGCAUAUGACAGUACAUACUGGCGAGAAAAAACAUAAAUGUAAAAUGUGUGAUAAAACAUUUUCUAAUCGAGGUAAUUUCAUCACACAUUUUAAAAUACAUACUGGUGAGAAAAAUCAUCAAUGUGGAAUAUGUGACAAAAGAUUUACUGAAGGAAGUACUUUGAACAGGCAUAUGACAAUACACACUGGCGAGAAAAAUCAUAAAUGUAAAAUAUGUGACAAAGCAUUUACUCGACGAAGUACUCUGAAUAUACAUAUGACAAUACACACUGGCGAGAAGAAUCAUAAAUGUAAAAUGUGUGAUAAAGCAUUUUCUCAGCGAAGUGAUUUGAUUACGCAUAUGAUAGUACACACUGGCCAGAAGAAUCAUAAAUGUAAAAUAUGCGAUAAAGCAUUUCUUAGACAAACUAAUUUGAUCAUUCAUAUGACAAUACAUACUGGUGAGAAGAAUCAUAAAUGUAAAAUAUGUGAUAAAGCAUUUUCUCAUCAAAGUAAUUUGAUUAGGCAUAUGACAAUACAUACUGGCGAGAAAAAAAAUAAAUGGAAUUGUAAAUUGUGUGAUAAAACAUUUUUGUAUCGAAGUAAUUUGAUCACACAUAUGGCAAUACACACUUGCGAGAAGAAUCAUAAAUGUGGAAUAUGUGACAAAGCAUUUUCUCAAUGACAAUAUCUUAAGAGUAAUAUGACAAUUCACACUGGCAAGAAGAAUCAUGAAUGUAAAAUAUGUGACAAUGAACUUAUUUUAUUAUGCAUUUGACAAUGCACACUGGCUAGAAGAAACAUUUUUGUAAA